GAGCGAUCAGUCUCGCUUCUUUGCGUCCUCAAUUCUCAGUCUUCUCUUCACUUUUCUGCGUUUUUCACAUGGGCAACUGCCUUGGCGGGAGUAGCGGAGGCGGCGGCGGCGGGCGCCCGCUCAGCCCGCAGCAGCAGCAGCUCCAGCAACAGCGGCAACAGCAGCAGCACCAGCAGCACCAGAUGCGCCAGGGGAUACCCGGCGGACGAGCACCAGCCGCACGGCAGGGCGAAGUUGUCUUUGGACGAAACCAGCCGCUGGAACGCCAGCCACCGUCGUGGGCUGCCGAGGUCCACGUAAACCGGGCCAUGCUCGCGCACAAGCGCGAAGAGUUUUGGAGCACGGCGCCAGAGUUUGGCGGCCAGCGCGAGAUCUGGCAGGCGCUCAAGGGCGCGGCAGAGACUUCGGAUCACGCCCUUGCUCAGGCCAUCGUCGACGGUGCUGGCAUCAGUCUGCCGCUUGGCCAACUGACAGACGCGUACGACGAGCGUGGAUACAAGUACACGGUGCCGCUGUUCUGCUUGAGUGAUCCAUCAAACCUCGCGGCGGACGAUCAGCCAGAUCCGGCCAACGCUAUUGCGCUGGAUACGCAACGCACUCUCGACAAGACACUACGUCUGCGACUCUCCACCAUGAAAGACGUCAAACUGCCCUACAACGACCAAGAUACCGUGCUCGAGCUCAAGCACCGCCUCGCGGCUGCAGAGAAUAUUCCGGUGGCAUCUCAGCGCUUCUUUAUGAGCGGCAAGGAGUUUGCCGAUCGAACCGUCAUUGGCCUCGUGUCUGUACCACAAGGAUUUGUCAUUCAGGUGUUGGUCCGAGCUGCAGCACCAUGAGAAUCAAUCUUUUGGGUUUGUUAUUUGAUGUCGUUAUCGUUUUUUGUUUUUGUUGUUGCUGUUGUUUUUGCUGUAGCUGUUCAGUCUCACAUGCCUUUGAUUGUGCAAGCAUGUGAAUGUGUCGUGUCUCUUUCGUUCGAGUUUUUCUUGCUCCUCUUUUCUCAACAAAUCGAACAAAACAAAAAAAAAUCCAACAUGAAUUUUCGAACAA